CUAGAUAGAAUUGUGUGUGGUGAGUCCUCCUGAAUCUCGUAUGACCUGCCUGUACUUGAACACACAAUGGGCAAAUAUCUAUAUUUAACCCAACAAAUGUCCGUUUGGACGGCAGCUGUGGCAUUGAGACUGAUUAUUUUGCUCCUAACUAGUCCUAGAUGUCCAAUGUCAUCUGCUGCAUGGCAACUGGACCGGGAGACGUCAAGACUAGCUGCGAAAGGAUGGAAGAAGAUCAAGAGCCGGAAUAACAAUAGAAACAUCCAUAUACACACGCAGUAUAAUUACAUAUCAAAAUAAAACCAUCCCCCGUCUCCACAGUGGCCAAACAUGUGCCUAUAUUAAUAAUAUCAAACGGACUAGUUAGUUAUCGCAUUGUCUAAGUAACUAACUUACCUCGGGUGAGCAGAUCCCUUAAGCGACCGGUAGUUAGAAAAGCAGACAACGUCAUCCCGGCUAUGGAGAAGCUUCGCUCCGCCUUCCGCUAAAUAAAUAAUGAUAUGAGCGAGUCGUUGCUCCAGUCGCUGCUCCAGACCAGACCAUCAUAGUUAAGACUCGAAUCCAUCUUUCUCUCUCGCAUUCGUGGUCAGUGAACAUUGGUUACUUAUAUCUCCCAACAGUCACCAUGUUCUCUCGGGGCGCGCUUCGAACUGCUGCGAAC